CGCAAUUGUUAACCAGUGAUAGCUUUUUCAAGAGUGAAGAAUGGGUGACAAGAAGAAGAAGGCUCAGAUGUUUGUGAAACUAGUGUCUGCUGCCGGGACUGGAUUUUUCUAUGUGAAGAGGAAGCCGAGGCAGUUCACAGAGAAGCUUGAGUUUCGAAAAUUUGAUCCUAGGGUUAAUCGUCAUGUUCUGUUCACAGAGGCUAAGAUGAAGUGAUUGGGUAUCUUUUAUUGGCUUCAUUUCCCUUGUUACUGGAUCAUUCUUAUACUUCUCUGAAAGGGUUUUCCAAGCUGGUGUUAAUUUUGAAUCGUACAUAUCUUUUCACUGUGUCUGGAUGUUAUAUUUUCUUACUUCUUUCUGCUGUGAGAUUUGUCCCUUUGGCUAUGUGACUAUUAUUCCUUCUUCUUUUUUUUCUUUCUUGUUUAUGGAGAAGUUGAUCUUAUUUUUCUUUUUUUUUCUUCUCUGUACCUAGAGAAGUCUUCCUAGAGAACCUGAUCAUUCGUUCAGGUCUUAGAGAAUUUUCAGUCUAUUUUUGUGCUUGGUUCUAGUUUCAAAUCAGAUAAUAUGAACAGAAUUAGUAGUGAUUGAAUGUU